UCCCCAUGUCGGCUACCCCCUCCCCCUACAACUCAUGACUGCCUGUCCUGAUAUAGAUGGGACCUGGGACUGGUUUAAAAUGACAGGCUCAAGUUCUUUGAGGAAGAGAAGACUAAUUCAAAGGAGCAGCCAGACAAGCUUUCCUUCUCUGCAGGCAUAAUCACUGUCCCCCGUCACCAUGGCCCACCUGGGAGCCCAUUUUGCCUUUAGAUCUCGCUGGCAGAAGACUGACGAUGAACUCUGUCGUCAUAGCAUGUCCUUUAUCCUCCACAAAGCCAUUCGCAAUGACUUCUUUCAGAGCUACCUCUACCUGCUGGAAAAAAUUCCCCUGGUAAAAUUGUAUGCUUUAACAAGCCAAGUCAUUGAUGGUGAGAUGCAGUUCUAUGCCAGAGCCAAACUUUUCUACCAAGAAGUACCAGCCACAGAAGAAGGCAUGAUGGGAAAUUUUAUUGAACUAUCCAACCCAGAUAUCCUGGCCUCUCGUGAAUUUCUUAGGAAAUUUGUUGGGGGGCCAGGGAGAGCGGGAACUGGCUGCGCCUUGGACUGCGGUUCUGGAAUAGGAAGGGUCAGCAAGCACGUCUUGUUGCCUGUUUUCAGCAGUGUUGAACUGGUGGACAUGAUGGAAUCCUUCCUCCUUGAAGCCCAGAGCUACUUGCAAGUUAAUGAAGACAAAGUUGAAAGUUACCACUGCUACAGCCUGCAGGAGUUCACGCCCCACUUAGGGAGAUAUGAUGUCAUCUGGAUUCAAUGGGUCUCAGGGUACCUGACUGAUAAGGACCUUCUUGCAUUUCUUUCCCGGUGUCGAGAUGGCCUGAAAGAAAACGGUAUUAUCAUACUGAAGGACAAUGUAGCACGGGAGGGCUGUAUCUUCGACCUGUCUGACAGCAGUGUGACUCGGGACAUGGAUAUCCUUCGAAGUCUUAUUAGGAAGAGUGGGCUGGUGGUUCUGGGCCAGGAGAAGCAAGAGGGCUUCCCAGAGCAGUGUGUUCCGGUGUGGAUGUUUGCCCUGCACAGUGACAGACACUCUUGAUCAGCACUGGAAGUGAGCCAGUAGACUGGAAGAUGGUGCUUCAGAACUGGGUGUACCUCCCUCCCAGGUGCCCUGUGUGAUACAGACAGAUAUGGAAAGAAGGGAUACAAUGCAUGUCUAGAAUGAUUGAUAAUGUAGUAUGUACAAGCUGUUGUUACCAUAAUGCACACACUGUGAUGUGUGCACACUUAGACGUAUGCUUCCUGUAACGAGAGAGUCACAGAUGCUGUGGAUUUUCCGAGAGAUGGAGUAAGACAACCGAGCAGUGCUUUAAUAAGGUCCUUGUUAACACCUUCACUGCACAAGUAUGUAUAUG